AUGAAGGCCUCACUAUUCCUCGCCGCGGCAGCUGCUCCAAUCCUCGCCGCAGCCGCACCACCCACACCUCCUAGCAUCAGCGACGCCGUCUUCUCCGGCAAUGGAUGCAAAACCGCCACAUCAGCAAGAAUAAAUACAGACACACUCGGCGACUGGGUGACGAUCGACUUCGAUCAACUGAAGGGAGACGACACCCAGAACUGCCAACUGCACGCGAACGUCAAUGGCGCGAGUCAAGGGUGGCAGUUCGCCAUCAAGGAGGUCACGUAUCGGGGUGAUCUGACACUGAAGUCUGGGUCUCAGCUCGAUACUUUGACGUCUGUGUACUUUAGUCAGGAGGCUGACCGUACCAAUACUUUCAGAGGACAAAUCGCAUGUGCUGGCCCGGACUACAACAGCCCCUUCACGUUGAAGACUACGACCAAUGAGCCGGUUUGGAGUAAGUGCAUAGGAAGCACUGGAUACGGGGGGCUGUUGAACGUCAACCACAGGCCUGUGAUCAACGGUAAUGCAGGCACCUACAACAUUAAGAGCGCUCAGUGGCAUGUAGAGUGGAGGAAGUGUUAG